AUGCUGUGUCAGUCGUCGCCAUCCUGGUGCGAGAAUAUGUGGCCGUUGUUUCUGGCAGACAUAAUAAGAUUUCUGGUUCUCGGCUCGAUCCGAAAGUCGGACCUUGUGCCCUGCCAGCAAGUUGGGUCGGCAACACGGACACGUCCGAACUCAUUUCUCAUCAAGGUCACUUCUGUGAUGUGCAGAAGUGCUGACUGGCUGGCUGGCUGGCUGUUCGAAGCAGUGUGCGAACAGAAGGGGAGGAGGGCACCGGCGGCAGCAAGGAUCGAGAGACCGGCAGUGGCGGGCGAGAAGGCGGCAGCCGAGUUGGAAGCACGGCUCGAGGUGGCAGCAGGGGCAGCCGAGGUGGAAGUGCCGGCGACGGAGCUCGAGGCGCGGCUGGCAGAGGACGAGGCGGCGGUGCUCGAUGCGGCAGCCGACGACGAAGCACGCGAAGCCGACGACGAGGCGGCCGAAGAGGCGGCCGAGGUGGAGGAAGCGGCACCGCUCGAGGAAGCGCCGGAUGAAGCGGCGGCGUUCAAGCACGAGCUGUCCGACGAGCCCAAGACGACGACAGGCGAAGCGUAG